AUGCAUAUGCCCUACAAAGUCUUACAACGAGCGGAAUGGGAGAAACCUAUAAUCCCUCUGGUACUCCCUAAACUACCGGACGGGUGGACAUAUGCACUCGUACCGGUAGAUCUAGAAGACACCUUCCAGCAACUAUUCUGGUGCUAUACUUGUGUUUACGGGUAUAAGGGUCAAGGCGGCAAAACUGAAAGGCAUUCAAGAGAGCGGAUGAAGAAACAGCUGAAGCUGGAGGGAGGUGCAUCGAAAAAAGGCGUUUCAAAAAAAGUAGUCCGGAAGGCGGGGGCAUCGAAGAGAGGAGAGCCCAAGGACGGGGAACUGAAGGAAGGGGCGCCCGAAGACGGGGCCGAGAAGGGAGGGGCGAGUGAGAAGAUUGAAUCAAAGGAAUUGGGCCGUCUCUUCUGCCGGAUACAAUGA